AUGGCAGCCAGUCGACAACUCCCGGUCAGCCCUGUUCGCCCAUCUAUCCGCCUUUUCCCCGCCCACUCUCGAGAAAAUUCGCGCUCCGGUUCGCCAGACCGAAGCCGCGGCUCCCUGUUCUCCAAAAUCGAUCCCCUCCUCAGCAACCUCUCCCCCGAAUCAACAUUGCAAGCCCUCACAUCUACCGAAGCCGUGCCGUCAGAUGGAAAGUUCUCCCACGAUGUACUUUCGCAAAGUAUUUCGCAAGUUUCGCCCGCGGAACGCGCGAUGGGUAUACGCGCUGCCAUAGCCGCCCGAAACCUGGAUCUGUGGUAUAAGGAGGUAAAGACAUGGAGGUGGCCGAAGAUGAUCGAUGCACGGGCAGGCAUGGGCUUUUUGCCACCUGAUCACUCGUUCCAGAAUGAUGAGCCCGUGGAUUCCUCUCUGUCAACUUCCAGCGAUGAUGUUGAAUAUUAUGGCAGCCUCCCAGCCGAGUUGGUGCAAGAAUACGAAAAAAGAAUCGACGAAAUACGCGAUGGAAUAGAGAGUUUAGAUAUGGAGGAGCUGAAGGAACACGUUCUUAAUGCCCACAUUCCAUCCCGGUCUCGCCCUUCCUCCUCGACCAGCACAACGUCCGUGCCCCCUCCGCUCAGCUAUGUGCAACUCAAGGACUUUACUGCUAUCGUCACUGCCACCAUUCUCCGUGCUCUGCCUGGUCUAUCCCGACUGAUUAGCCUUCUCAGCACCUGGGACGUGCGUCUUCUUGUCUGCCGCCAGAUUCCGGGUCUAUUGAGAGAGCUGAAGGCUAGUCGAUUCCUUCUGGAUAAUGCACGUCGCGUGUUAGAGUCAACGAAGAAUGUUGAAGACUUCGAAAGCCGUAUUUCAAAUUCUUUUAUAUCCAACGACCAUGUCAGAAUUGAGGCAAAGAUCCUUGGCGCUGGAGCACGACUGGACCGCAUUCUGGAUGCACUGGGGAGUAGCGAAGAUACCGUACCCGACCAGUGGGUGGUUGAUGUGGAUGCUCUUGAGCCAGACUUUGGCGACUAUGUGGCUGAAGCACAUAGGUACAAGGACCAUACUCGAUACCUGAGUACAGAAUACCAGUCCAAAAUGGCCAAGGCAAUGCGAGAGCUUCGAAUCCAAGAUUCUGAGAACAACACCAACACAUCUACUUCAUCCGACUCUGUCCAUGCUCCACCAAUUGGCGCAAUGGAGACUAUUGAGGAGGAGCCCAGGCCUGAAUCUCAGCCUGCACCGCCUAUUGAAUCUCCAGUUCAGGGUCAGAGUAAUCCUGAUUCUUUGAAUACUGAUUCUGGGCUUCCAACGAACCCCGAGCCGGAAAUCUCUCAAAAUCCCUCUGUGUCGAACCCAAGUUUGGGUAAAAAUACUGAAAAGAACCUUGCGGACGGGCCCGAAAUUACCGUUGCUGAGGAUCUUCCGACCCUGGAACAACCAGAAUUCCCUCAGGAACUAUCUGUGGAAGAACCAGAAGUGCAAUCACCUGCAUGUGUUUCUUUGUCAGCUCCCCAUAUUGAAAACAAGGAGAAUAUUCCACCAGAAGGAUUUGUGGCUCAACGAUCACCGUCUAUUCGAGAAUCAACGGCCAAGCCUGUUGUUUUGGCCGAGCACAUGGAUGAUGAUCUCUUCUUCCAGAAGCCAUCUACUCAUCGAGAGCUAGAGUCAAAGCCAGAGCCAAAUGCUGUUGUGGUUAUUGAUAUACCAACAGAUGAAGAUAUGCAACCUAUCCCUCGUGAGGGCCCUCGAACCGUACCUGCGGAUGAGCCCAAGAUUGCCAGCACAGAUGGCGCAUGUGAUUCAUGUUUCGAAAGAGAGCCGUUCUCAACGGAGCAGAAACCAUACUGUCUUGCAGCACCCGAGGACGUGGAAAAGCAGACAAUCAAGACACCUAGCACAAUGGCCCAAUCAUCAUUGGAUACAGUUGCAUCUGGACCAUCUCCCAAACCCUCAGCUCAGGAAUCUGAACAUGAACCCCACAACUCGAUUAUCCCCGAGGCUCAAUUUCAUCAACCUGCCCCACGGCCAUCAUCUGCCGAUAAACCUAUGACAGCCAAACAAGAUGGUCCAAAGAAGAAGCCCCUUCAAAGUCCUAUCAAGCUUUCCAAGUCUCGCAUAGGCAGACUGAGCCUCGAUAAAAAUCAGAAGUCCCGCUCUCGUCGACCAUCUAUGGGAUCUGUAGGGUCUAUCAUUUCAGAGGACUCCAUGCUAGCUAGUCCAGCGGAACCUGGUGCCCCAACUGGCUCCUCAAAUGAGAUCACCCCGCCCCAUCGCCCGGAAUUCAAGAAAUCAAUUUCUCGUGGUGAAUACAUGCUGCGAGAAGACCGCCUCCGCCGACUGGAGAACUUGAAGAUUUCUGCUCGUUCAUCCCAGUUCCAGGAAACACGUUCGGUGAGCCUGCCUCUGCAACGGUUUAUCAAUGAAAAGCUGGACUUGGAUUUGAAUUCAGAGCCAGUACCUGAGAUCCCUGAACAAUUCAAAUCGAUGAAACAGUCCACCAUUGCAAGGGUUUCCGACAUCCCUAUCCCAACUCCCAAAAGCCCUCGGAUGCCAAAGCGCCGACCUGCCCUUACCCGUGGAAAGUCUGCAUCCGAUUUGAAGAAGGUUGACACUACCUCAAAUCCCCCUGCCCGCGACCUGCCUACAUUCGGUGGAAAUACUGCUCGGAGAGCCAUGCAGCAUCAAGACCAGCCCAAAUCUUUUAGUCUACGCAGGCGUUUGACUGCUCACCCCAGCUUGGAGGGUCUCGGUUUAAGAAGGCAAGAGCUUGCAUACGUCGAGGAGGACGAAUCUGAGCGUCUAGACAGUGGCUCCCGUCCAUCUUCGCCACACAGACAGCUUAAGAAGCCAAGGGACCAGCUUGAUGAGAAGAUCAACACCAUUCUUAGCACACUGCCAGGCAGGAUCCAUCUGGUUGACCCCAACAAUGAGGCAGACACAUCCUCAUCCUCGUCGUCAUUGGAUCGGAAGAUGCGAGAACGCUAUCUUUCCGAGUCGCCUCAUGGCCCAACAUCACGAAGCAUUACGCCGGCUCCUUCUCUCACCCUCAUGCCCGCCACCCGAAGACGUCUAUCCCAUGCCCACAAAACAGAAGAUAGCUAUGUCAAGCUUUAUCAUCUGCACCAUGGUGGCCAGACAGCACCUACCAAGUUGUUUGUACGUACUGUCGGAGAAGAAGGUCAGCGGGUGAUGGUUCGAGUCGGUGGUGGCUGGGCAGAUCUCGGCGAAUACCUCCGCGAAUACGUGAUUCACCACGGUCGACGCAAGGUCUCAGAGACUCCUCGUGUCGAAGUGCAAGGCUUAGCGUCUCGCUCGUCACCAGGUCACUCUCCCGGCAGCAACCUUCUCACUCCAGCCGCCCCAUACAUCCCAUCUGGUCGUGCCACCCCCUCUCGACCUCCUUCUGUUCUCGGUGCUCGCCCUUCAUCCUCCCUCACGGUACGCAAAACACGCCGUAGCUCCACUGCUUCUGAAGCAGUUACUUCCCGAUCUGUUACCACUGGGGCCCUGAGUUCCUUUACCUCUCCUCCAUCCGCCGGACUCUCACGCAACCGUCGUCUAUCCAUGUCCUCCAGUUAUUCUUUCGCUGGAGACGUUCUCUCCCCACCCCUGCCAUCCCAUGAGAAAGUUCCUCUCGGCCUUGCCGGUCCUAAACCCCGCUCCCGACAGAUCUCUAUGAGUCCGGAGGGUGAAGCGUGGGUCGAGAACGUUCUUCAGAAGACCCGCCGAUCUACCUCUUUCAAUCCCCUUCCAUUCGGAUUGAAUACCUCACCCAAAGCCAAUGAUUCGGAACACCCUGAUACCUACGAAGAUGACAUCUAUACUCACGGGCGCUCCCUACCUAAAGUCCGAAGUGUCAACGAUAUCAGGUCCGUCGGCUCUAGCCGGCGAGUUUCGCUGAGAGGGCUGGGUAACCACAGGUAG